AACGCCUCUGUGUAGCUUGGUCACAAGAAACCCACAGUAGCUGUCAGUGUGGUCAGCAGGCAGAGGGGAUGGUGAUUACGCGGUGAAGACGGCGUCUGUAACACGGUUUUAACAGAUCUGUGUCCAGGCUUCGAGAAUUCUUUAGAGUGUGGCUUGCUGUCUGGUUAUUGUGACUAUGGAGAGAGAAGCUAGAGAUGGCAGUGAUCUCCUUGGAUGUCUGUGGACCCCGGUGUAUAUCAGUGGAUCACAUCUCCUGGCCAAGACCUGGUUUGGGGACACCGCCUACCACAUUCUGCUGACCGACCUGCACAGUGUGUGGGAGGAGAGGAUGGACAGCAUAGCUAUUCAGGACCGAGCGCAGGAGCUGAACCGGCGCCUGCGCGCCCCAGUGCAGGCCUUCUUCUCCCACUUGUGUAAGGUGGCCCUGCCCAGUCUGUCUGGUGAGCAGGGCGCUGGGGUGGAGGAGGAGGAGGUAAAGAGAGCCGAAGUGGCGCACAUCUCUCUCACACGCCAGGCCGGUGACAUCAGCAUGAAGCUGAAGAGCGAGCUCGCCGGCCUGCCCUUCUACUGGGAGUUCCGCUGCACCCUCGCCCCCCUGGCAUUGGUGUGCAGGCAGCUGGUGCGCCCCCUGCUGCUGAUGAGCAGGCUACUGCAGAGGCAGGUGGGCCAGCUGGGAGACCUGCUGGUCAGGAAAGACAUGGAGAUCCAGGAUUACAGGGAGAAUGGAGCCGUGUUAAGCAGAGAACGUUUACAGACCGAAGCCUUUGAGGAGCAAAGCUACCGAGAGAGCUUCUUCACACAGGCUCUUCCCCAGCUGCGGCUCCCCCAGGGUGGGUUCGGGUUCGACCCAGAUCUCCAGCAGCUCUACACGGCCGUCACCACACGCGGCAACGCCAAUGCCCGCAAGAGGAAGCUGUCUGAGCAGAACGCCCAGGACCAGGGUGACCCCUCCGCUCAGAGCCAGGACCCAGGCCCCAGCUUCAACCCACCCCCAGAGAGAGAGGCUGGGAGCUGUGAACCCAGUCUUGGGGAGAACCCCCCCACCGGCCUGGGGGCCCAAGCUGGAGCCACGGAACCCACCAGACCUACUGCACCACAGGCUGGAUCUGAUAUGUCUGCUAGCUCAGACAGACCCGCCUCCAGACCCAGGAAGAAGAAGGCGGUCGGGCUGUUUAGGUGACCACAGGCAGGAAAUCCACACUGCUGACAUACUAUGGUCAUGUAGCCUAACUUGGACUAGAGAAAUUAGCUAUUAGCUAUUAUGUUUUUAAUUAGCAAUACUUUAAAAUGAAAGCCUGUUUUAACUAGAUUUUGAAUUCUUUUUAGGUAUGCUUAAGGCAUUUUGAUUGUUUUUUGUUGUAUUUUUUUUUACUGUUUUUAAAUGCUUCAGUGUCUUAUAACCAAUAAACAAAUAAGUUUCACAAA